AUCACUAUCAGAAUAACAACAUUUGAUCAGAGGAAUUGUUCUUAAUAUGAUAUAAAUGGAAGAGACUUGUACAUUUCAUUUCUAUGAAAAAUCCCCAAUAUGUGAUGAAGUUGGUAGACAUCUAAAUUUUGAAAGUUUAAGUACAUCAGAACAACAGAUAAUACAAUCAGAUAUUGGAGUUUUUUGGGGAUCUGCUACCUCAAAAAAUUACAAUAUCUGCCCUGCUCAUAUUGAACUUUUCAAAGACAAGCACAAAUCAAGACUGAGGAGGUAUGCAUGCUGUGUACCAACCUUUUUUGCAUCAGAACAUGAUCAUGAAAAACAAAAAACUAAAAGCAAAUUUGGACAGGCAAUACGAGGUGACAGAAGAAUUUCAACAGACCAAAUGAGAUCAAUCUACAUAGAGCAUAGAGUUGUCAUACCUAUAGGAACAUGUAUUUGUAGAGUAUGUAGAAGAAAAUGGCUAGGACAAAAGGGCAAUGAUGAAAAAUGUAAUGAUCUUAUUUGUGGUCCACCAUGUACACAUUUGGAGGAAGAUGAUUUUAUAGAAAACACUGAACAGCUGAAAUGGGAUUCAGAUGAAAUGGAUAAAUUAAAAGUGAACUUAAAAGACAUGGAGCAUGUUCAAAGUCUACCAACCCUCACUGCCCUCAGCCAAACCACAUCUACAUGUAUAACUGAAGAUUCAAGUCAAAACAGUCAGAUUUCAGAUUCAUCCCUAGUACAAAUUGAUAAGCUGUCUAACUUGAAUAUAUUUUUACAACAGUCAGGUGUUAGUCCUGUAAAACACAUGCAAGGUUCAUUCUUAUCUAGUGAAAGAACACAAAGGAGAUAUUUACAAAAAGCCAAUGAUUGCCUUACAGUGGUAAUUGAAGCAAUUUGUCCUCAAGAAAAAGAGGCCUUUAUGGAAAAAUUUGUAGAAAGUCUUUGUAAAAGUACAGCAGUUGAAAAUAAUCAAUCAUCUAGAUCAUGUGGAGUGAAUGCUUCAAUACUAACGGAAAUCUAUGACCGGGCAGAAACCUGGACCUUCAGAAGGCAGAUUUGAUCAAUUUUGGCUUUUGAAAACACUUACAGCCAAAUAAGACAGAUGAUACCUGGUUUAACCUCAUACAGGUAUUAUGCAGCAAAAAAACACAUUUCUGAAGUUGGAUGUGGCCUGCCUAUUCAAGAAAUGAAACAGAUGAGAGAAAAAAUUGACCCAUGUCAAUUAGAACCAUUUCUUGACUUCAUAACGUCAUCACACAUUAUCAAAGACCUGCCAUUCGGUGAAAGGAAACUGAAACUUUCUACUGGGGAUAUUAUUUGUACACCAAAUGUGAUCAGGGCUAUUGCUCCAACAAGUAUCAUCAGACAGUACAAGCAGUUUUGUGAAGAUGAAGAAAUCAAACCAUUGGGCACAAGCACAAUGUAUAAGAUUCUGGAAGAGUGUGCUGCUUCUGUAAGACAUAGUGUGGAAGGGUUGGACUAUUAUGUCGCUGAAGGUGGAAGAGCGUUUAGAGAUAUUGAAGAAGUUUUGGAAGGAUUUGAAUGUGAAGAUGAGAAUAUCAAAAAGAUGAAGGCUGAUCUUCUUGAAGUUAAAAGAUACUUAAAGUCAGAUUAUAAGGUACAUGUAAGAGACAUGGCUCAAAUUGCAGACCAUUGCAGAUCAUAUGCACUAGGUGAUAUAGACAGUAAUUUCAGAAAUGAAUGUUCACAUGAACAUACACUUUGUUAUGAUAUGACAGAGGAAGAAGAAGUGGAAGAGUGUGAGCCACCAGCAAAGAAAGCAAAAUCUGAAGGAAAUAUUUACAGUUGUCCUAUAGAGGGUUGUGACAGGUCGUUCAAAAAUAAUAGUGGUCUAGAACAACACAUUCUCUUAGGAAAUUGUAACUAG